UCUCCUGAGGAAACUGAUUUUAGCUGCGCACACUGCUGGGUUUAGUGUUGUCACAGUGCUACUCAGAGUUGUGGUUGUGCUGGGCAGUGAAUCUCAGAGGUCAGUUCCAUUGUACAUACAUUUAUUAUUUUCACAGAUCCAUCCUACUUCUGUCUCAGCGCAUUCAGAUAUGUCAGGUUCAAAGUUCACAUUAUUACUGUCCUUGAGUUCAUCUGGUCCUUGAGUUCAAGCAGUCAUAAUUUGGUGAAUAUCCUGCAGUACAUAUGAUCUGUAAAGAUUUUAUAGAAAUGCCUUUGUUGUACGUGACAAUAAGGAAAGUUUUUAAUGUUUACAAGAAAAGUUGUACAAGUUUACUCUUUCAGAGGAAGUCAGAUGUGGAAAGAGGUCCUCAGGUCAGCUGAUGACAGGUGCUGACUCCAGCUGUCCUGUCAGGUAGUGUGGCGUCCUGACACACACGUUUGGCUGUCAUCUCCAUGUAAUGCAGCAGCAUAAUCUUACUUUCCAGACAACUUCUUUGUCAAUUUCUGCAGUCAGAUGUGCUGGUUAUGAUACUGUUUUCUGUGUGUUAUCUACCCUGUUUCAUCAUAUAUUAUGCAUAAUUUUAAAGCUUUAUUAUUCUUAUCACCUAUGCUUGAUAAUCUAAAGUUUUAUGAUCAGUCUCCCUUCCUGUGUUUUACAAGAUGUCUGCAGGAUUAUUUUAUUAUCAUAAUAAUGUGACUUCAUAUCCUGCAUAUCCCAUUUGGUCGAAGCUUAAUAAUUUGCAGAAACAGCCACAACCUGUUGAAGCUGUGUUAGAAGUAGUCUCAGUGUCUAAUCAAACAAAAAUGAGAGACUUCUGGUGCUAAAUGCCAUAAAGCUGUUCGUUCUAUCAUAACACCCAUGUUUGAAAUACUUUACUGUCAUAUGGACAAUUACAGUCAGCAGUCAAUGGCAAUGAAAUUCUUAAUUCUCAGGCUCCCUCCAGCAAUACUCAAAUCACACAAGUAAAAAUUUACCAAAACUUGAACUGAAACUUUCCUGAUGUGAUGUGAAGCAGAUACUUGCUGUUACAACACUAGAAGGCUGAAUGCUUUAUAUGUAUUGAGUAGAGAUAUAUAUCUAUAUCUAUAUGAUAUGCAUAUCAUUUUUAUCUAUGGCAGCCCUUUGCACUCAGAAACCUGAAAGAAAACUUAAGUGUGUGAUUUAUAUGGAAUCCCUGUGCAUGUCAAAAAAUUGUAAUACAUUUUGACAAAAAAUGGAAAAAGGAAAAAACAACUUGAUAUGAAAAUUAGUAAAGUACAACUCUGACCAAAUUGUACUUCAGUAUACUUGAAUUUAGUUAACAUUUGUUGAUGAAUUUAGAGGAUUGCAUAUCAAGUCAAAGCCCCGAUUCAAGCCCAGAACAUCAGCAGUGGAGGUCAUUUACCAGAAGGCUGACUUUGCCUCACUUUACUUCUAUGGUCAUAAGGUUUAGUUCACGGUGUCUGCAAAUGUGAAUAACUGACUGUAUCAACGUCCAUGUUCUGUUCAGGACAAACAUCUAAAAGUCAAAGAUAGGGUAAAAGUUAGCAACUAAAGCAGGUGAACAGACUCCUUGUGUUUGUGUUGUUGCAGUCAAAGCAAUGAGUCAGUGACCAAUAGCCACUCUGUGUUGGCCUGAAUCCCUUCUUUCCUUUUGGCCAUUAGUGGAAAAGCACCACACGAGCGGUGAGAGGAAAGUAGAGGUGAGGUUCUCUGACUGUAAAAGACCUCUCUGUCCGGACUUUGGCCAGCAGCCAGGUAGCAGCAGCAGAGACGUGUCAGACCAGCAGGAAGGCACGCUUAGUGAACUCCUCUCUCAGCUACUCGAGCUGAGAGUCUUGUGAUUCCUGAAUGACAUGUUGUAGACCACUGAGUCAUAAAUCACCAAAAAUACAGCCUCUUUUGAGCUUCACAAGAGGACUUUAAGCUGAGUCUUGGAGAUAGAAGUUGGACUUUGACUCAAGAGUUAUCUUAUAAAACAGAGGAGAGGAAAAAGGCUUUUUCACUCAUCAGACAGAGGAAGAGAAAACAAGGCCAUGGCCAUGUGGAGGACAGCUGGAGUGCUACUGCUAAUACUACAAACCGUAUUUGCCCAGAGCAGCAUCAGAUGGUGUACCAUCUCAGACGCCGAGCAGAGGAAAUGUCAGGCCAUGUCGGAGGCUUUUGCUGAAGUCUCAAUCCGUCCGUCACUCCGCUGUGUCAGUGGAACAACAGUGCAGGGCUGCGUUCAAAAACUAGAGAAGAAAGAAGCUGAUGCCUUGUCCAUGUCUGGCAGUGAAAUUUACCAGAUGGGAAAGACGGCCUCAUUCAAGAUGGCUGCCAGUGAAUCAAAGAGCGAUCAAACCGGCGCCUCCUACUAUGCAGUUGCUGUGGUGAAGAAACAAAAUUCUGCCAUCAACAUCAACAACCUGGCAGGAAAAAAGAGCUGCCACACAGGGAAAGGCCGAACCGCUGGCUGGAACAUGCCUUUAGGAUACUUAAUAGACCAGGGCUACAUGUCUGUGAUGGGCUGUAACAUCCCACAGGGUGUGGCAAAUUUCUUCAGUGCGAGCUGCAUCCCCGGAGCCAAUGAAGCUGGUGACCCUCCAUCUCUGUGUCAGCUGUGCAUAGGAGACCAAAGUGGUCAGAACAAAUGUGCGAAGAACAGCCAGGAGAGAUACUUCAGCUAUGAAGGAGCUUUUAGGUGUAUGGCUGAAGGUGCAGGAGAGGUGGCUUUCAUCAAACACACAACUGUCGGGGAGAACACCAACGGUCUUGGCCCAGAUUGGGCAAAACCACUGCUGUCAUCGAACUAUGAGCUAUUGUGUCGUGACGGCACCAGAGCUCCUGUCACUGAGUGGAAAAAAUGCCAUCUGGUCCGUGUCCCAUUUCGUGGGAUUGUGGUCAGCAAUGAUGUCACUCCUUCUGUGGUGUUUAACAUGCUAAAGGACGGUCUGGAAAAAUCAGGCUUCAACAUGUUUUCGUCCGCGGCCUAUGGAGGAGGAACUGUUCUCUUCUCUGAGUCGUCUACCAUGUUUCAAAACGUGGAGUCAGAUGACCCUCAGAAGUGGAUGGGCCACUUCUAUUACAAUGCAAUGAGAGCCAUGGACUGCAAAACUGAAGAUGUCUUGCGAUGGUGUGUGGUGUCUAGCGGUGAGCAGCAAAAGUGUGCCGACAUGGCUGUGGCUUUCCAAUCUAAGAGUCUGACUCCAGCCAUCAAGUGUGUCUAUGGGGACUCUGUGACUGACUGCAUGAAGAAAAUCAAGAACAAGGAGGCUGAUGCUGUCACGCUGGAUGGCGGUUACAUCUACACGGCAGGCAAAGAGUACGGCUUGGUCCCUGCAACCGGCGAGAGCUACACGGGCGACCAGGAUGGUUCCAUGUACUAUGCAGUCGCGGUGGUAAAAAAGAGUAACCAAGACAUCCGUAGCCUUGAUGACCUGCGUGGCCGUCGCUCUUGUCACACCGGAUAUGGUCGCACGGCUGGCUGGAACAUUCCCGUAUCAAUGCUGAUGGAGAGAGGCCUGAUCACGCCUCAGCACUGUCAGAUACCCCAAGCGGUGGGAGAGUUUUUCAAGCAGAGCUGUGUGCCAGGUGCCAACCAGCCCGGCUUCCCUGAGAACCUGUGUGGUCUGUGUGUGGGAGACAGCUCAGGCAAGAACAAGUGUGAGAAAGGAAAAGAUCAGUAUGACGGAUAUGAUGGGGCCUUCAGGUGUCUGGCAAAGGGAGAUGGAGAUGUCGCUUUCAUCAAGCAUUCGACUGUCCUCCAAAACACUGAUGGUAACUCUGGUGAAUCGUGGGCAGCGGAUCUCCAGUCUAAAGAUUUCCAGCUGCUGUGUUCUCAGAGCACUAGAGCCGAGGUAACACAGUACAGAUACUGUAAUCUGGCCAGGGUCCCUUCCCAUGCUGUAAUGGUACGCCCUGAUACCAACAUCCACGCUGUCUAUGGACUCCUGGACCGUGCACAGACGUAUUUCGGCAGUGACACGGGUUCUGGUUUCAAGAUGUUUGACUCCCAGGCCUACACGGGCACAGAUCUCAUCUUCAAAGACUCCACUGUCCGCCUUGUGGGUGUUGGUGACAGAAAGACAUACCAGGAGUGGCUGGGACAGGGCUACAUGGACUCCCUGACCGACAUGGAGUGUAGCUCAUCAAGUGCAGUGAUGUCCUCUGUAUGGCUGCUGCUGAUCGCUCUGUUCAGCAGCAUGUUGACCAAUCUGUGGAUGUAAAAACACAACACGAGACCAGCAUCCAGCCCCUUCUGCUCCACCGCUUUGCCAUAGCUUUCCCUCCAUGGCUGACUCCUCUGUCCCUUUUUCUUCCUCUUUUCUCUUACACCGGAAUCUUGAGAUUCUGAAGAUCCACUUGUUUUAUAAUUGAUUCUGUGUUUUCAUCUUAGAAUUGGAUAAUUUCUACCUGAUUGUGUGUUAUUUGAAUAUAAGAAAGGAUGGCAUGUUGGGCCUGCCUUUGGAUUUAAAUGGUGCUUGUGUUUUUUGAGGUAAAGAAGAGAGCAGUUGCCAAAAGUCUGUCAGUCAGUGUGACUCAGACAUGUUGAGAGAAGGUGUUGCUGUCACUUGGUUUACUGAAGGUGAGCUGCCAUAUCAGUGUGUAUGCUGCUACCUGUUACAUUGCUUUACAGUGCGUCCCUGUCCCUCCAAAGUUUUACAAAGAACAGACAAUCUGACUUUUAACUUCACAUGAGGCUCACGUAAUAUUUUAACUUCUAAUUUACCACAGAAGGUGCUACUUACAAAAUUGAAAAAUUACAUUUAAAAAUGUUUAGUUACAUUUAUUUCCAGAAAUUCUGGAUAAUUCACAGAUGUCAGCAUUUGUAGAACUAAAUUCAAAAUUUUAUUACGUAGGUGAACAGACAACCUUUUAUACUAAUUAAUUAUCCUGAACAACCACCAAAUCACAGAAAAAAAUAAGUAAAUAAAAAUUAAAGCCUCAGGACUCAGGACCUCGAAGGCAAUAACUGACUCCAGAUCAGCACCCCUGAUUUCUAAGGCUGCAUGUGAAUACAGAAGUCAGAUUGCUGUUCCGCUCUGCUGCCAGCUGCUAACGAGCACAGCCAUCUCGUAGUCUGAGCCUUGUCUUCCAUGAUAAGCUAAUGCCAUAUCAGUGAAUAUGCACUAGUGUUGCCUCCACACUAAGCUGUUCUGAGGAUGAGUGUUUGUCCAGAGGUUGUCUACUUCAUGCAUUCUCCUCAAAUUCCUUAAAAUCGGCGAGCUAAAUACUUAAAUCGAUCUGGUUUAAAAUGAUUUCAGAUGGUGUUCGUUUCUGGCCUCACAUUGAAAUCUUUUGUUGUUUAUCAACAUUACUAAUCUGAUGCUUUUGAAUGGAAACUUUCAGCAAAUGGUAAGCAAACCUUCUAACUGCAACCAUUUCUUUUUUAUCAUUUCGGUUUAUCCAUUUGGACAAAAGAAAGGGGAGAGUAACUGACUCACUGGUCAGGUUCCAUCAGAUUUGGGGAGAACAUAAAGAAAACAUCCUGUGGUUUGUGCUGGGAGGGUGAAUGAGUUUUUCUUUAUCUGGAUGGUUCAAAUCAGAGGUUGCUCAUGUCAGCUGAAGAAGACAACAGCCGUUAAUUUAUCAUGUAAUUUUGAUGUUUAAAGUCUAAAAAAGGGCUGUUUUACAUGUGUUUUAUUUAUGAUAAGAAAAUUUCCUUAUUUUUUCAUGGCCAUUCUGAGUCUGGUGUCCUCCAAUCCAAACUCACCGCAGGAAAGUCUCUUUCUUACCCAAACUAAGCAGUGCUUGUCCCGUCUGCUGUACCUCCCGCUGCUUGUUGCUUCUCCCUGUUUUAACUUGUUGAUUUGGAUGUGUAUUUUCCUAUGUCGAGAGAUUUUAUUUUUAUAUGAAGUUCAGGUGCCAUAUCAGUGUAUAUGUACUGACUCAUGCUGUCAGAAACCAGUUCCUUCUCUUUCUCCUGAUAAGAGAUUUAUUUCUAUGUGAAAUGAUUUAACAUGUAACUAAUAUUUAGUUGCCAGGCCAGUGUGUCUGCAUAAGUAUUACUACAUACAACUGCAACUUGUGCUGUUUUCUGGAACUUGUUCAAAUGAAAUAAAGCUAUGUAC